UGGCGGAAGCGGUUGCCUUUCAACACACACACCACACUCGGCAAUAUGACCGACCACUCUGUAGACGUGGGUUUAUCCGUGGCCCCCGCGUUUGUUGCGUUUUUCAAUUACUGCAGAGCGCUUGCACACCUGACCGUCCAUUCUAUAAAGGCCGUGGAAGCUUCGUGGUCGUUGGUGGGUUUUUCUGCUAUCUCCACUCCCCAAGGACGUCAGCUUUCCAGCGGGAUGGACUACCGAAUGGCAAGCUGAUGCGCUAGCGCGAGACGAAUUUGUUGGGGGUCCAGGAGUGAUCAUGGUAGUUCAGUAUGACGAAAGCCCUGUGGGACCGUACGACGAGCUUAUCUACGUUCCCGGACGCUUCAAGCAUAAAGAUGGAAGUGUUGCGUUUCGGAUAACGAGGAUAUAUGUCUCAACCAAAGACAGCACAGAGAAUGGGAGAAGGAACUGGAAUAUACCUAAGCAAGUUGCGAAAUUCGAAUACACCCGAGAUCCUUCUUCUCCUUACUCUUGGUCACUAUCCGUGUUUCCUGUUCCAGAGGAUCCAUCAGAGGAUAGCACACCAUUUUUCUCUGCUACUGUCCGCCCAAUUCCACUAGUCACCAAUGUCCUUCAUGUUCCAUGCAACACCAAAAUCAUUCCGGGGAAUUUAUUCUCACUUACGCAACCUCCACUGCCCAAGGGACCACUGGCGGAGGAAAUAGAAUCUGGCGUUGAGAUCACAGAGGGACCACAGUUGAAUAAGAAGGCAAAAUAUGCGAAAUUGAGCCCCGAGGUGAAGUGCAAAAUGUUCUUGGUAAACAUGACACCAGAACUAGGAAACGGCACGGCAGUAGGCGAUGGGGUCAUGUUCCCUGCCGUCAAACCCUGGUCGAUUGCUGCAGGAGUUGAAGGGUUUGACCUCACUUUCCCGGUAUCGGAGUGGGUAGAGCUAUGAACCCUCUGUGUCUCGGAGAACUUUUAUUGAAGGGGUGUAAUCGGAGUUGCUUAUGUUCUGUUAUCGAUUGUUCUGUCAUCUGGAGAGCACCGAUCCAGCACCCGCAGGGGUUAAGCGUUGACCGUGG